AUAUCGCACGCAUGAUUGUUUAUCCGCCAUUUUGUCCUGCUGCCGUACGCGCAGUUUUCGGAGAGAGUGGCAAUCCGUUUCACGAUGGAUAUCGGCGAUUGAGGGGAGUCUCGAUCGACGUGGACGACGCUGACACCUUCGCAGGAUCCUCCGCGCGUUCACGAGGGGCCACCGUCACCUGGGGGAUAAUGUGAGAAUCGUCUCCUCCGAAGGGGACAAGUAAUCGCGAAGUACGAUGGCAACCCGUGACAAGUUACGUCCGACCCAACUUUCCUGACUUUUGAGGCCAAAUGGCGAUUACUAAAUAAAACGGACGAUUCUCGCCUCGUUCCGUCACAAUGUCAGGACAAAGCGGUGGACAUCGAGUGCGGUUGGCUAAGCUUAACGAGCAAUUGACAUGCAAAUUGUGUGGUGGAUAUUUUAUCGAUGCCACUACCAUUAUAGAAUGCUUACAUUCAUUUUGCAGAAGUUGCAUUGUUAAAUAUUUGGAGAAUAACAAAUAUUGCCCGAUCUGCGAAGUACAGGUUCACAAAAGUAGGCCGUUGUUAAAUAUACGUCCUGAUCAUACUUUGCAGGAUAUUGUAUAUAAACUGGUACCUGGAUGCUACCAAAAUGAAAUGCGAUGUCGGAGGGAAUUUUACGCGAAACACCCAGAAGUGUGUAGUCAGGCAAUGUCUCCGGAAGCCCGUGGGGAGCCUAUAGAAUCGCAUAUAUACUCUCCGGAUGAAUCUCUUAGCUUAUCCUUGGAAUACUUUAAUCCUCACGCCAAGGAUUUAAGCGAAGUAAAUACUACUAUUAAGGAUGGCGCGCAGAAAUCCAUUUUAAGGCGAUACUUUCGGUGUCCUGCAGCGGUUACAAUAUUCCAUUUACAAAAAUUAAUAAGAGCCAAAUAUGGACUUAGUGAUGCAAAUAGAAUCGAUAUUAUGUACAAAGAGGAGCCGUUGUGCAGUAGUUAUACAUUAAUGGAUAUUAUGUACAUCUAUCAUUGGAGGCGGAAAGUUCCACUACAUUUAAGCUACAGGAUAUUUGAAUCGUCCUUAAAACGUAUGAAAUUGUCAGAGGACAAUCCAAACUAUAAAAAAUCUCUGAAAGACGCCGGCAUGGAUUCUAUAGAAUUAAAGGAUGAGAAGUCGUUGAAACGCGAAUGGAAGGAGGUGCAGUUGAAGAUAUCGGAGACCGGCGUGAUGAGUAUAACCGAUAUAUCGAGUACAGUGCAUAAGAGGGACGCGGGAAUCGAGAGUCUGCAAGAUGGAAAAUCUCCAGAAGAGACUAUCACUUCCAUCGUAGAAGUGAACAAGGCAGACUCGUUGAUAGAAAAUUGCGACGUCUCUAAAUCAACCUCCGUGGAAAUUAUGCAGUCCACUUUGGCCAUCGACCCAUCGCAAGCGACGAAAACUCCAACGUUUCCCAACCCGAGUAACGCACCUGUUGCCACGAGUGACGUAAAGUCCACGACGGAGGGUUCAUCGAUCAAGAAUUGCACGUCGCCAAUUACUCAGCACAAUGGGAACCCCACGAAGCCGAAAAAUGAAACGGAAGCUCGUCCUGUCCCAGCAAAAUUACAACAGGAGACGAAAGGUCGCAGUCAAACCGCCAACGUCGAGGAUAAAGCGGGGCAGAAGACCGUUAAUCAACCAAUGACGCAGUUGGCGGAGGAGAGCGCAAAUAUUGUCGCCGAAAAUACCGAAGGGACGAAAAAGCUGUCGAUAAAUAAUAAUAAUAAUAGUACAGACUUCAAGGCUGAAACUCAGAAGGAAUGCGUGAAGAGUACAAGCGUAGAGACGAGGACGGGGAAUGCCGGGUCGAAGAUCGACGCGUUGAGCGUAAAACUGCAGUUUCAACCGAAGAUGGGUCAGGUCAACAACACCUACUCCAAGAAAGCGCCAAAGGAAAAACGUGCGAUUCUUCAACAGGGGACGAAGAAAUCCGACGUGAAAUCAUCGACGGAGAAUGCAAAACUCGCUGACACGAAGACGCGAACGAAUUGCGGGAAUACCACGGCCAAGGUAUCGGUCUCGUCUUCUACGGCGCCUCCUCCGCAAAAAUCGGUCGUGUCUACGGUAACGUCUAGGAACACUUGCUCGGUGACGGAUUCAGGUAGACAGGAAACUCCCCACGAGAAGGAUAAUCCGAGCACGAGCAUCGACGUGCAACAGGCGUUGAAUUUGCUGGAGCAAAAACCGACGAGCUCGCCCGUUGUACAGGUAUCUAUGGAAUCUGUCCCCAAAACCAGUAGUAGCCAGGUCACUAGCACGGUAAAUCAAAGAUUACAGGGUACUUCAGGUAACAAUAAUAAUAACAACAACAAUAACACAAGCACGACGAGCGAAGGUAUCGUAUCCACGAUUGUGUCGAAUGCUUCUGCAGCCACCAUCAGCCAGACAACAUCGUCGAUAACGUUUCCUUACACGCUUCAUGACAUAGUGAUCAACUCAGCCGCUGUGAAACCGGCGCUCAAGAAUUCCAGCGUGACCAGCAGCUGUACGACGCUCCAGAAGGCGCUGGGAACGUCGCCGGUUGUCGCUUGUUCAACGUCGAGCAGUCAAGCGUCCCUCAUGCCGCCUCAGUUCAACGUGCAACCCUCGAUGAGCAUUUAUUCCGUGUCUAUGUCUCUGAAGAAUAACUGUGGGAACGCGAGCCAAGGUGUGACUACCGUGACGGCCACGUCAACGGCAACCAUCACGGUGACCGCGUCGAAGCCGACGUCUGUAUGCUCGGUCCCGCCAUGUCCGGACGCGAUCCCUAUAUCCCUGAUGAAGCAAGCGUCCAUGCGGAAGCAGGAGGCGACUGCCAAGGGUACCAAUCUGAACGAGAUCUGCGCGAAGAUUGGAUCCAUCGGCACCAUCGGCUCCAAGAUCAACGAUAUCUGCGCCAAGAUAGGGGAGAACUCGAAGGAGAAGAACAGGGUGGAGCAAGCGCGCGGCAAAUCUGACGUGCCCGACCUGCUGAAGAUCGGCACGAAGAAGAGCCUCUCGUCGUCGCUGCCCAAUUCGGACGCCACGAUCAAGCAUAUACCGAAUAUACCCAACGUCCCGGUGUACAAUCCCAGCAGCAACGCGACGACGAUGGAGAACAAGAGCGUCAAGCCCGGCUUGUCCGUGUCCGCUGGCGCUCUAGCGGUAUCAUCGACGGUGACCUCAUUGGCGCCGACGUCGUCGCCCCACAUGACCCAGAGAAUGUCCUCCCUGAAGAAGCAGAGCCAGCCGAUGGGAUACAAGACUCUACGCGACCCGCCCAAGUCCUGGAACCCAACGUUGUCGAAGAACAAUUACGUGGCCCUGAAGAAUCAGGCGAAGGAGCUGCAGAAUCAGACGCAGACCGCGUCCGCGGCCGAGGGCACGAGCAAGCAGAUCCCGUCUAAGCCGGCCAAGAUCUUCAAGAGAAACAUGCCACGAUAUCUAGGCAACCCAGCCUCCGGCGUGAAGCCCAUAUACGGGGUCGCGAACGACGCGAAGGAGAAGGAGCAGUCGACGGUCGCCAACACGAAGAACGUCACCCUCAACAUGAUGAAGAUCGACCCCAAGACCCUGUCGCCCAUCGUCUCCACCGUCAACUCGCCCAUCGUCUCGCCGCCCUCGCCUUACUCGCCGAACGCUCGCAGCUAUCAGAACACCCCGUACCCUCGGGACGGGUUAUGCCGGAGCACCGGGUCCCCGAUCUCGCCGAGGAACUCGCCGGUGAACAUGCUGUCGACGAACCCGUUCAUCCCGUCUCCCACGCCCAACACGAACCCGCGGAUCAUAUAUUCUCACUUUCCUCCUCCUUUUCCAGAUGCCAGCCGGUUCCCGAACCCCCUGAUACGCUCGCCCAUCGGUAUCCCGCCUCCCAGUGCCUUCCACAGCAGCCUGCCGCCUGCGAUCAACAAGCUGUACCAACGAUCGGCCAGUUACAUACCGCAGACCACCGGUAGCUACUCGCCGGUCUCCAGCCAGCCCCCGGCGGUCCAACGGAUACCACCCAGCACGCACUCGUCCUCGCCCAAGUCGCCCAAGGCCUCGUCGCCGAGCUCCAUCUCGUGCUCCAGCUCGUUCAGCCUGGGAAAGUCGGACUCCCAGUCGCCAAUCACGUCGACGGUGGCCGACAGCGUCGCGUUGCUGCUCUCCAAGAACGUGCCGGUGCCGAUACCGGUCUCGUCGCUUCAACGGGAGCUCAACGCGUUCAAUCUGUCCAAGACAGGUGGCAGUUUAGGUCCGACUCCCAAGACGUCGUCCACGGAUACGAGCAGUGCUACUGAUACCAUCGAGACGCAGACAGCCAAGCAAGCUUCUCCGGUGUCGCAGAAUUCCGAGAUGUCUGGAAAUUCGUCGAGCAGCUCCGGCGAGCGAAAGCAAUGUAAGGACGCGGAUCCAGCGCAGAGGACGACGCAGGAGGCGCGUCCUAAAGAGGAGAGCCCCCAGAAGCCUGUCCCAGAGGCAGUCGACGGCGUCGUGAGCUCGCCUCCUGAUAAGAAGGAGAAGAAUCAGACGGCCAAGGUGAACGGGGACGUUACUACUGACCAGUUCGCGAGUAAGAAAUCCAAGGAAGCUAACGGUAGCGACGAAGCGACGACUCCAAUGAUGGAGGCGACCGAACGAGAGGGCCAAGUCGAGCGAUCCUCGUCCAGGGAACGGGGUAGCAUUCCCAAUAGUAACGCUCAAGAUAAUAAUAUCGGUGACUCCUCGCCGGCGAGCGAAUCUAAGAGCGACAAGGGCAGCGAGAUACAGGGUAAAAAAUCCGAAGUGCAAAGAAACAAAGCGGAGACGUGAGGAUCGAACUGAUUAGACUAAUCGUGCGAGUCGCACGUCGAUGACAGAGCUGCAUUUAAUCCGACAUUCAACCUGGCUUUAAAUAUCAUAAUUUAAUCCUGAGAGAAAAAUAUCGUUCUACUGGCAAGAAAAGCGAUUACUCAGUUUAUUUUUUCUUUUUUUAAGCAAUAGUUUUCUUCAACAAAGAAUAUAUUCUUGAUAAUAAUCUUAAAAUAUACUCAUCACAAGUGUUGGAAAAUCUCAGGGUUGGUGAAAAACUUG